AUGGAUUUCGCGAACAUGAAGGCCCGCAAGGUGGGCGUGUUCACGGACAAGACGGUCCUGAACCUGUACCCGGUCAAGGCGGCGCUGGAGUCCUUGGAGACGGCGGGGAUAUCGUACGAGGUGUUCAGCGAGUGCAAGAUCGAGCCCAACCAAGAGAGCUGGGAACGGGCGAUAAGCUUCAGCCGGGCCCACGACUUCUCCCACUUCCUGGCCGUCGGCGGGGGCUCGGUCAUCGACACCUGCAAGGUCGCCAACCUCUACAGCUGCUACCCGGACGCCGACCUGCUCGAGUUCGUCAAUGCGCCCAUCGGCAGGGGCGCGCCCAUCGAGCGCACCCUCAAGCCCUUGAUCGCUGUCCCUACCACCGCCGGCACAGGCUCCGAAACUACCGGCACCGCCAUCUUUGAUUAUACGCCGCUGCAGGCCAAGACGGGCAUCGCUAACAGGGCCUUGAGACCCACCCUCGGAAUCGUCGACCCCUUGAGCACCGACAGCUGUCCCCGAGCGGUGCAUGUGAACAGCGGCCUCGACGUGCUCUUCCACUCGCUCGAAUCUUACACCGCUAUUCCGUACUAUAUGCGCUCCCCCCGCCCGUCUAAUCCCAAGUACAGACCCGCUUAUCAAGGCCGAAAUCCGAUCAGUGACGUCUUCUCGCUCUGGGCAUUAAAGACAACCGUUAAAUAUCUUCCCAGAGUGGCGCGCGAUCCGACCGAUAGAGAGGCCAAGACCCAGAUGCUGCUUGCGUCUACUUUCGCUGGGAUUGGGUUUGGGAACGCGGGUGUGCACUUGUGUCACGGAUUUUCGUACCCUAUCUCGGGGCUGAACAAGAAGCUAGCCAAAUGGAGCGGGUCGGGGUACGAGGUCGACGGGCCCCUGGUCCCGCACGGGCUGUCGGUAGCGCUGACGGGCCCGGCGGUGUUCCGGUUCACGGCGGCCUCGUCGCCGGACCGGCACCGCGAAGCGGCGGAGAUCUUUGCCCGGGCGCGCGGCGACCCGGCGGCGAGCGCCGUCGCCGACGCCGACGUCGGCGAGCUCAUCCACGACCGCAUCGCUCAGUUCCUCGUCGACCUCGGCCUCCCCCGCGGCCUCUCUGCAAUCGGAUACCGUCCCCAAAACAUCCAGGCCCUCGUCGCCGGCACGCUUCCCCAGAAACGCGUCCUUGAUCUCGCGCCGGGCGACUCGAAUGCCGAGGCCUUGACUCAAAUCUUAGAGAAAGCAAUGUCUUUCUAG